AUGCUCGUCCCCCGCCUCCCCCUGCGCACCUUCACCACCGCCCACGCACACCCACCGCCCGCGUACCGCAUCCCCAGAAACUCCCGCGGCUCCCUCCCCGUCUACACUGACAUCCGCAACGCCGGCACCCGCCACCUCACCCUCAUCCGCAACAUCGAGGGAAACGCAGACGCCCUCGCACAGGACCUCGCAGGCUCCCUCCACCCGCCAGGCUCGCCCGAGGCCCAGCGCAUGCGCGUCCAAAUCCUCCACUCCAAGCACGUCGUCCUCAGCGGCGGGCUCUGGAAAAACCACGUCGCGCGCUGGCUCCUCGACAGGGGCUUCUGA